AUGUCUGGAGGAGCUGUUACCUCCACUUUGCGCCAUGUCACCGACCGGAAGCUCGCCAAGCUGGCCGAGAACCAGCAGGCCUUUGAGGCUCAGAAGGCCGAAAUGUUGGACGCCUCCAGCAAGACCGACGAUGCCGCCGAAAAGGUGCGAAUUCUGAUGGCUGGCUUCGAGAAGCACCACAUCAACUUCAAUGAAAGCAGCGAUGCUAUGGAGAACAUCAAACGCUUCCUUGAACAGGCUCGUCAUGAUCCUUCCGUGUCACCCACUCUGCUAGCCGAAUGGAAGGACUGGCUUGAACAGAACCUCAACAUCCAGACGGACAAGUACAACUACGCCGAUCUCUUCGGCAGACUGGUCACCGAGUGGAUUGAGAACCCAAGCGCCGCCAUGAACCAGCUCAACGGACAUUCGUCCAAGACCCAGGGAGACCCCUCAGGAAGUUCCUCCGACGGUGGUUCCGAUUCGUUCGACAUGGUCGGACGCAAGGAGAUGCAUGACCAGCGCCAAACGCUCGAGCAAUACAUCUUCGACGAGCCGAAGAUAGACACUGCUGCCAUCAAGAAGUACCUCGACGACCUUUUCGUUGCUACCAGGAGAUCAAAACGGGCCGACAAGACUCCUCUAGAGCAGCUGCGCGAGCACAUUGAAAAAUACUGGGAAAAGGACAUCGAUAUCAGCGAGCCUACCAUCCGUUGGGCCAUCAAGGGCAUCCUGAAGGGCGAUCUCUUUACCGGCCCCAAGCGCGAGAUUCUUGUUGACUUGCAAUCCCGUCCCGAGGUCAUCAAGGAAAUGGUCGAUGUACUCCGCAUGGACUUCGUGUCCCUGCAGAACUGGAAGUGGCCUGGUCCUGUUCCCGUUCUCCUCCGUCGUCAGCUGAACGGAAAGUAUCGCGCCUACAUGGAUGAGGAGAUCCAUACCGCCAUUCUUGUGCACGUCAUCGGUGCUCACAUGGCCGUCAUGCUAAAGCAUGCUUUCAAGGGCCAUUACCAUUCCGGUGCUUGGGUUCAAGCUCCUUUCCGUGCCAUGAAAAGGGUGGACAGGCAACGCCGCCACUAUUUCCUGGGCAAAGACAACAUUCAAACCCCGCGCGGACAGGACUCUGUGCGUGACAUUCGCUUCUCCGAGUUCCGGGAUGACUUCUUCAUGACACAGCUUCCAUCAAAAGUGGACGAAGGUAACCGCGACUACAUGGCGGACGAUGCCGAGGAAGACGUCGAAGACAGCAAGUCCCCACUUGCCAUCAAACAGCAGCUGCUUCGCCUGGCCUCUACCGAGAUGCUCAUCAACACCAAGCUGUAUGGUGAAUUCACAAUCCUGGCCAGCGAUUUCAAGUGGUUCGGUCCGGCACUCCCUCAUGCGACCAUCUUUGCGGUGCUCGAGUACUUUGGUUUCAAUCAAGGCUGGCUUGACUUCAUCAAGAAGUUCCUUGCCGCUCCUCUGAUCUUCACCCAAGACGGCCCCAACGCCGAGCCCAAGGUCCGGACGAACGGCAUCCCCAUGGGCCACAUACUCGCAGAUGCUCUCAGCGAGGCGGUUCUGUUCUGUCUUGACUUCGCUGUUCAUCGCAAGACCGACGGUGCUGUUCUGUACCGCUUCCAUGACGACCUCUGGUUCUGGGGCCAGGAAAGCACUUGCAUCCAGGCAUGGCAGGCUCUGCAGGAGUUUUCCACAGUCAUGGGUCUGGAACUGAACGAGGAGAAGACUGCAGCAGUAAAGAUUGUGAGCCCCGAAAAGUCAUCCUCGGUCCCGCUCCAUGAGGCGCUGCCAAAGGGAACGGUUCGAUGGGGCUUCUUAAAGCUGGAUCCCAAUGAACGCCGCUGGGUUAUCGACCAGGGAAAGGUGGACGAACACGUCCAGGAGCUUCAGCGUCAGCUGAAGUCAUGCGACAGUGUUUUUGGGUGGGUGCAAGCCUGGAACGGCUAUGUUGGACGUUUCUUCUCGACCAACUUUGGCCAACCAGCGCACUGUCUGGGCCGCGAGCAUGUGGAAAUGUGCAUCGAGACGUUUGAGCGUAUCCAGCGCUCCCUCUUCGCUGACUUGGGCGCUGCCAACGUGGUCGAGUACCUUCGCAACAUCAUCACGGAGCGGUUUGCGAAUACCGAAGCCAUCAAAAGUGGUCGUCGGAUUCCGGACGCCUUCUUCCACUUCCCGGUUGAGCUGGGUGGCCUCGGCGUACUGAACCCCUUUGUCCAGCUGAAUGCGAUGCGUCGACACUAUGUGCGUGAGCACAGGACCGACGAGAUCAACUUGGCGCUCGAAAGGGAGGAAGAGGGCUACGAAGACGCGAAGGAACGUUUCGAAGCUGGCGAGGUCCCGGUUGACCAGACGACACCCAAGAACAUCGAAGACGAAUCAUUCAUGAGCCUGGACGAGUACAUGCGCUUCGUUGAGCAAACCUCGAGCGAGCUCAGCGCAGCGUACAAGCGUUGCAUGGAACCCAUCGAAGAGAAACACGUUGACCUGCCCAAUAAGGUCGCAUUUGCCCUGAAGAAGCUCCCGGAUGAGCGGUUCAGCACCCCCGGCAUGAAAUCUUAUUGGGUCCAGAUGAGCCCCUACUGGAAGUGGAUCCUCGCCCUUUACGCCGGUGAGACGGAGAAGCGAUUCGGAGGCUUGGCUAUCUGCGAGAAGGGUCUUCUGCCGCUUGGUUUAGUCAGCAUCUUGCGGAGCGAGAGGGUCAGGUGGCAGGGUUGA